ACCGCCGUUAAACCUCAUCGAAGAAGAACGUGCGAGCCCCCAGACAUCUAAGAAGAUGGUGUUGAAGGAGAUUUCAACUGAAAGUAUUGCUCGGCCCUUGGGCCGCAAUGAAGUCCUUGGUUUACUCUUCCGACUGACCAUAUUUGGUGCAGUCACCUACUUCACCAUAAAGUGGAUGGUUGAUGCUAUUGAUCCCACAAGGAAACAGAAAAUGGAAGCACAGAAACGGGCAGAGAAACUCAUGAAGCAGAUCGGUGUGCAGAAUGUCAAACUCUCAGAGUAUGAGAUGAGCAUCGCAGCACAUCUGGUGGACCCAUUGACCAUGCAGAUCACAUGGGGUGAUAUUGCUGGCCUAGAUGAAGUCAUCACUGAGCUGAAAGACACUGUCAUACUUCCCAUCCAGAUGAGGAACUUGUUCAAGGGAUCCAGACUGCUUCAGCCACCAAAAGGUGUGCUGCUGUACGGACCACCUGGUUGUGGGAAGACUCUGAUCGCCAAAGCAACUGCCAAAGAUGCUGGUUUCCGCUUCAUCAACCUGCAGCCUUCCACCCUCACAGACAAGUGGUAUGGAGAGUCCCAGAAACUGGCUUCUGCCGUCUUCUCUCUAGCCAUUAAGCUCCAGCCCUCAAUCAUCUUCAUAGAUGAGAUUGACUCUUUCCUAAGAAGCCGUUCCAGCUCUGACCACGAGGCCACAGCCAUGAUGAAGGCUCAGUUCAUGAGCUUGUGGGAUGGGCUGGAGACUGACUAUAACUGCCAGGUCAUCAUUAUGGGGGCCACUAACCGUCCACAGGAUCUCGACUCUGCCAUUCUGAGGAGAAUGCCCACAAGAUUUCACAUAAAUCAGCCUAAUCUCACGCAGAGGGAAGAAAUCUUGAAACUCAUAUUGAAAAAUGAAAAUGUGGAUCCCACUGUUGACUUUGCUCACAUGGCGAAGGUGACUGAUGGAUUCUCAGGAAGUGACCUCAGAGAGAUGUGUCGGGAUGCUGCUCUGUUAUGUGUGCGGGAUUUUGUCCAUAACUACCAUGCUGAUGAAAGGAUCCUGGAACAAAUCCGGUCCAUCAAUCAGGACGACAUGCAGAGUGCCAGCCAGAAGAUGAGGAAGUCGAAGUCUGCAGAGGGACAGAGUGUUCUGAUUCAUGCUACUCUGGAUUGAGUUUUACGUGCGAAGGAGAACUAUUAAGCGUCUGGAUAUUCUUUCCUUAUUAUUGUCUAUUUAUGAAGAGUGGAGAGACCUUGUAGAGAUGUACAUAAGUGUAAUGCCUAUCAUAAUAUCACUUUGUAACAUCUUACUUCAUUUGUUAUUUUAAGAACAUUUAGUUCAAUGCAUUCACAUUAAAGCUUUUUUUCAAAAUGCUGUUUUUAUGUGGGAGUUAGGCGUUACAUGAUACUUAUGUUGGCAUUAGUUUCUUGUGUAUCUGGUUAACCAAGGUCUCACUGAAGCUGGCUCUGAGACUGCAAAAUAUGAGCACAGCUUUGGAUCCUUUCAGGUUUGAUAGGUAAUAGGGAGGCGAUUAUGUACUAUGACACACAGCAAUAUUGACUUAGCCUUGGCCUUUCACCUUCCAUCCAUUUUAUCUGAACAUCAAAUGUUGCUUCUUUUGGUACUGUAUAUUUAGGGCUGUUCAGACUUUUCUUUUUUUCAGGAAAGCUGGUUAUCUAACUAGUGUAACAUCGGUAAUAAAAUGUGACACUUAUAGUUGGCACGGUCAUCGUUCAACUAUUAGCUAGAUGUUAUACAAUGGGUGGUUCUCAGAAUGUCUGAAUUAUGAUUUAGAUCAGAAGUUUCAUGCAUGAAAAAAACAUGAAAGAACAAUUCAACUUUUCAUCGAAAGUGAAUUAUCGCUGUGGAGGUUGUGAAGAGAACAUGAUGCAAAGACGUUUGAGUAAAGUUGUGACAUGGCCUUCCAUUUCUUCAUAGUAAAUACAUCUAUAGUAGUUUACUUCAAUAUCAUGAGCUGCUUAUGGUAAGAUAUGUAUUAUUCAAGUGUACUUCUGUUUAUAAAACUUAAAUACAUCAGGAAACUUGUAUUGUGCUUUCCUGUCCUAUUUAUGCCAUUGUCUUCGGUCCAGGGUUCAUUUACAGUAGAAUUGAAUAACUGCUUGUGGUGAUUGUCAUGUCUCUUAUAGUUUCUGUUUAUCCCUUGUGAUGACCAGGAUGCUUAAUGGUUGGGUGAUUGAUUAUUUCUACAUGACAAACUUCCAGUAUCUACCACAUGUAACAGCCAUUGCAAUCUAUUGAACGUGUGUGAUUGCCAAUUCAUAGUUUACUUGAAUGACUCAAGUUUUCUAUGGACAUUUUGUUUUGGGGGUUGGGAUUGGUGGAAAGUGUCGUUUUUAUUAUAGAACUUUUGUUUAGGUAAAAUGCUUGCUUUGCUUUUUAUAUUGAAUAAUGAUUUUGAUAAUUUGUUUUACCCUGAGUUCUGGUGUCUGCUAAAAUAAAUUACACCAAUAUGUU